GCUCGACUUCGUGUGAAAAUGUGAACACGGUCAUUGUUUUGUCGCUACCUCGGUGACCGAGCCAGAGACAGAAAGACUGGACUACAACAAGUACAAGAGUGUGCUUCUUGAAAUUAAUCUAACAUAACAAGACUUGAUUAUGGCAGAGAGCAGAGGGAACAGUCGAGCUAGCGGAACACGACCUUCUUCUGCAAGGAGUAGACCAUCUACUGGAGGUGCUGUUGGAGGUCGAAGGUCUGCUACUGGAACCAAAGCUACUGGUUCAGGAUCAAGACCAACAUCUAGCGCUGGUGUGAACAAGGAUCUUCUCAGCCGUGAAGAAGAGUAUAUGCGCCUCAAUGCUGCCCUUGAAGCAAAGACUGCAUCACUCAUACAGGAGGCAGAAGAGGUCAUGAGAGAACAAGAAGAUAUCUUGACCCGUUCAUUUAACCGGCUUGAACUGAGUGGUGAGGAGGAACACCAGGCUAUAUUCAACACAGACCCAGUUGUUUCUGAUGAUAUAUCAAAGCCUUCCCUUAUUCCACCAACAAACCUAGCAUCAGAGAAGAAACCGCCCUCUAGAGGCAGACCUGGAUCAGCAGCUGGUUCAGGCAGACCUCCAUCAAGAAACAAAACACGGACCAAAUCCCAGACUUCAAUGUCAUCCAACCGAGCUGAUGAUGUCGCGAUCCCUGAUGCUGUUCAGACAGAUUACUCCUUGGCGGAUACAUUCUCAGCUCUUGAUAAACAGUAUUCUGAAGGAAACGCUCCAGCCGAUCAGGAAUUUGAUGAUGUCCUACCACAAGCUGCAGAGGGAAUGGGAUCAGAGGCUACCAUUCGUUUCCUGAAGGCCAAGCUUCGUGUCAUGCAAGAAGAACUGGACCGAUUAGCUCAUGAAUGUAAUCAAAAGGAUGAAUCUUUGGGUAAGCUUGAGGUUCGCGUGAAGGAAGCUGAAGAGGAGAGGGCAAGGUUACAGAGGACCAACUCAUCUCAUCAAACUCAGAUUGAUAAAUAUAAGAGAUUAGCAGAAGAUACCAAGAGAAAGAGCGAUGGAUUAGAGAACCAGCUUACGGGACUCAGAAAGGAAUUGGAUGAAUUGAAGAGAAAUCAGAAGAAGUCUGCUACCAGUCAGAAUGCUACUGAAGUACGAUUGAAUAGGGCACUGGAGGAAGUAGAGAAAUACAAAUCAGAUUUACAACGGAUGAAGACAUCAUCAAGGGAAUCAUCAGAGGGUGAGAGGAGAAGGGUAGAACAGCUGGUUGCAGAAAACAAACGCUUAGAGAAACAGAAGAAUGAACUCAUGUCAGGUUUUAAGAAGCAAGUAAAACUCAUUGAUGUACUGAAGCGACAAAAGAUGCACAUUGAAGCUGCCAAAAUGCUUGCAUUCACUGAAGAUGAAUUUGUGAAAGCCCUGGAAUGGGGUAACUGACCCCGCCAUCAAGGUUGAAGUACUGAUCGUGGAACGAAUCAGAGAUGACAGUCUGAGGAGGCAAUUCGGGUGUUAUUCACAGCAUGCAUUUCUGCAAUGCUUGAAUGUGAAGACAUUGAAUAAGAUUAAAGGCACUUUGUCAUGGAGAUUUAGGGAGCAUAUGAUAAUAAAUUUGCUGUCACCAGACUUUGUGUUAUUCCCAAGAUGCACUUUUACAAUGCUUGAAUGUGAUGAUAUUGAGUAAGAGUAAAGGCACUUUGUUCUGUACUGUUUUUGGGAGUGUAUAAUAAUUUGCUGUCACUUUUUGAAAUACACAGCCAUUAUCCCAUCCCACCACAUACAUUUUUUGGCUGCUUCAGACAUUUUCGGGCAAGGAAAUGUAAGGUAAUGGCUUUAAAUAUGACAGGUGAGGGGGGAAUAUACAAAGCCCUCCAUGAUGUCUGUUGGUAUAUCAUCUGUUACUGUGUAAACACCCUCAUGAUGGUGUCGGAUUCCUCAUUAAAACCAAUGGUUAAGUGUGUUUGAAGAUAUGAACAUAUUUAUCGAUAAGUGAAUAAAUCUAUUAUCAAAUCACAUGAAAUAGACCUAUAUCUAUUCCUUUAUGUUGUGAGCAUUUUUGUGAAAAUAUUAGUAGAAUCGUUUGGUUCACAUUUUGUUCAGCAGAUCAAAAUAUAAGUUUGACAAAGAUCAUCAUUGUGUUUGAGUGUAUUUGAGUUAAGAUUGUGUGUGAAUUUCUAGACCAUGUUCUGUAGUUUUCUCAUAAGUUACCCCAAGUUUAUAGUGUGUCAAACUCUAUGAUAAGGUUUCAUUUCAUUAUUCAAUACUUAUGAUUAAUGCAAUGUAUACAAGAAUUAUUAUUUACAUUCAUCAAAAAGAGGUAAAUGAUCAUUUACAUAAAUGAUUGUAUGUCAGAGGCAGCCAUGCAGAAAUUAACAAUAAUUAUAAAGCAUAAGUUUGAGCCAUUGUCACACCUUUCAAAAUAUAAAACACAAGAAAAUCUUAAGAAAGUCAAACUAGCUAACAAAUGACUGCAAAUAGAAAAGAAGCAAAUUAUUAUGCUCCACAAUUCAAAAUACAAAUAUUUACAAAAUGUGUGUGAGGCGUAAUUACUUGCAAAAUAAUCUUCAAGCUUAAAACAUACAGUACAACAAUUGGUUUUGUGAGAGAAUUACAGCUUAAAGACAACUAGUAUGAGUUUAAGAGCACUUUUGAAUGAAUGUGCUGAUGAUAAUUUCCUAGUAAUAUUACGUAAGGAAUUCCACACCAGAUAUUACAAUAGGAACAUGUUCGUUGUGUCUGGAGAGGAAAUUCUUCUGUAUCUUGUUUCCAAGAACCAUUAUCUCCCUUUCUUCUGUCAACCAAUAAAAUGAUAAAGCAGGAACUAGCCUGGAAUGCAAACAAUUAGUUUGCACAUUGGGUGAAAUAUAAUUCUAAAUAGGUUCAAGGUGACAAUUACAUCAGUUAUGUGAUUAGUGCCCUGGAGGUGUAUAAUCACCCUUAUAUAAAACUGAUAUAAAUGGUAGGUAAAUAGAUUAUUUGGGGUGCACUGAGGCCCCAUCUUACAAAGACAUGUGAUUGAUACUAUCAUUCUCAACUAUUGAAAUCUAUCGAGUCAUAAUUCUCGAUAUACAGUAGGACAUAAUAGUUCACUUUGAAAUUAAAGAGGGGUGCAUUAAUUGAUUUAAAAAAAUGAUGCAUGCAGGAAUAGAAAGUUUUGUGAAUGCACAUAUUCAUUUGAGAUGAUGUUGUCUCUGGCUUUCCAUAGUUAUGAUUUGUUGGAUCAGUCAAAAUUCUUUGUAAGACAGGUCUUGAUUUGACAGUGGAAUUAAUAAAUUGAUUCAGUCAUGGACUGAGGUUUAAUCAAAAUCUCUCAUAUCAUGACACUAAAGGUCAUGAUGCAAGUCUGUCCUUGCCAAAUGAUAUUAAUAUUUUCCACAACUAUUUCAAUCAGUAACAGGAAUGACGUGAGAUAAAUGUAAUGAUGUGACACUUCAAAUUAAUCAGCGUAUCUAGAUUACAAAAUAAUUCUAUGAAUUUAAUCUUUCUUCAGUAAGACUUUUCAAUAUUACAAACUCGUCAAGUUGCUUAGCACUGUGUAGAUUUGUGAUAAUUAUUUAAUGAAGAAUCAUUUAUGUUAUUGAGAAUAUUCAAGGCAGAUAGCAGGUUCUUUUUAGGUCAAAUAUUUUAUCUUAUCUAUACUUUUGAGGUGAAACAGAUUCUAUAGAUAGAUGUCCUCUAUAGUUUAUUUAUUCUGUUGUUGAACAAGACAGGGUAACAUUUUAGAAUGACCUUUGGUAAUCUUAUUAAGGCAGUAAUUUCUUUCUCUCUUUCAUUAACUAGCCCAUUUAUACUAGCAGAAAUUGAUAUGAAUAUGGUAUAAAGAGAUAUUGUAUUUACAAAAUCUUUCUAAUUUAAAUGAGUAAAGGUCUUAUUGAAAUACAAAAUCAAUCAACUUUUGUAGGGGGAAAAUUGAAGUACCAGUUGGUCCAAAUAUUGUUGCUUAUUUUAAGCUCCACCCCAUGUAUGAUUUUAAGUUCUGACUCAUGGUUUAGACUAAGAUGAAGCCUUAAUUUGAGUGUAAGUAUUUGGAAAGAAUGCUUAUUUUGCCUUAGAAUUUCAUGUUUUGAUACAUUUCUAUAUAAUGAGUUUGACUUUCAGGCAAGAAAAUCUUGCUGGAUAUAGCAAUGUGAAUCUUGUAUUGUGAGGCAAUUUCUAUAGUGUGAAUUGGGGUUGGGUUUAUGAUGAGAUACCUACAGCAGAUAAUGUUUGGCUAUCUGAAGACAAAAUGAAAUGAACUUUAACAGUAUGCACAUAAUCUUGAAUGUUGAGAGGGCUGCUGUUUAUCAAAUGAUUGUUGAUUUUACCAAUUUUCAAGCAAACUAGAUAAUAAACUUUACCUUUUUUUCACGAUAAAUAAAUACACCAUUUGAUUUUUCAAUGUCAGAUGUUCCUAUAUGAGUUGGAGGAGGGGGGGGGGGGCUAAUUUGGGAUUUGGUCCCCCCUGAGAUCUUGGCCAUAAUAUCACUUUCUCACAAAUAUCAGCACACACAUUAUGCACAGCAUAUAAGUAUUCUAGAAUAAUUCAAGCUUAUUUUCUAACUAUGUUAAUUUAUGCAUAAAAUUAUAAUUUGUCUCUAAAUCUUUAAAUAAAGCUCCCAAACUAACCGAUUUUAGUCAAACAGAAAUGAAAAAUGGUCAAAAGAUAUGAGGUCAUGGGCAUCAUUUUUCUUAAAGUUUUUGUUCAAUUUGCUCUCAUUUUUUUUUUGUUUUUUUUUGCAUCAAUUAAUUGUGUUAACACUUGAUACAAAUGAUCCUUGGGUUAUGCCACAUGUGUGUUUAUGAGAAUGAUAGGGUCAAAGGUCGUCUAUGGGUCAAAAGAACAUAUUGCAUGUUUUAUUGAACAUGAAAUCAGGGAAGACUCAUGGUUCACUGCCCCUUUAUUCUAAUCUAGUUAGCCAGUAUUUUGGAAGUUUUAUAUCAGCUUUAGCAAACAAUGUUUUGUUUGCAGAGACAUGGCUGAUCUUCUUUAGUCUAGAGUUAUCUGAACUUCUUAUAAUGGCUCUUUGUUUUGAACAGUAAAUAAUGUUUUGUUUUAUCUGAUCCGCGUGGAAGGCCAUGUGUCUAUCGAACUUUGCAUGACCCUAAGAUUACAAAACAUUCUAUUUACCCAGUGGUCAUUGGUCAUUGUGGCAUGGUCAUACUGGUCAUCAUGGCUGAAAUAAUUGUCUUAAUUGAUGGGAACUUUGAGGUGUUUCAUAAAGCAUUUGUAGGGAUGACUGAUUUGAACAUGUUCUUGGGUGCGGAAUCAGGUUCUUUGUCAAUUUGUUUCACAUCAGCUUUAGUUUGAAUAUAAUCAGGCGCGGAUCUAGAGUUAAAAAUUUUCGGGGUGCUACAGGAUCCAGGAUUUUUUAAAAGGGGUGCCAUAUUUUACCCAUUGGAAAUUUGACACCUAAAUUAAAGGUCAAUAAUUUGUCUGCCAAAAAAUUAAGCAAAAAAAUAGGUUUUCACCUAUAUGUAGGGUCAAUUCGUCUCUCUUUUUUUCUCUUUUUUUCCUCUUCAGCCCCCCCCCCCCUGGAUCCGCCUGAUAAUCAUAGGUUCUUGUUGUAACAAGUGCUUCUUUAUUAUUUUACAAAGUUUGAUUAAAGUGUUUAUGAUAAUUCAGCCCAACAUUUUGAAAGCAUCAGGAAAUAAUGGGGUAUCUAUUUACAUGCAUGAUUUUCUUUCAUUGUAAACAUGUGUGUAGCUAAAACAGGCCAUACAGGUCAUUAGUCAUUUUUACAUGGUCUGUAUUCUACUGUGUGUAAUUGAUCUCUAGUCAUAAAAGACAUGAUCAGAAUUUUAUAGAGUGUAGCAACAUCAUGUCUAAUUUUACAAAAGAAUAAAUAUAAUUACAAGAGUUAAUAGUAAUAAAUAUUAUUUGCCCAGGAUAGCUGUUUCAGCUACCAGCCAAUCUUCCACUGCAUGAGUAAUGCAUCUGACAAGAAGGCAAAAGGUCCCAUUUUUUAAAAGAUACUUAUAUGACUCAACAAGGGAUCAAGCACAUGACCUCCUUGUUCAUCAUUUGCACAGGACAGGUAGUUUACCACUGUGCCCAAAUAUCAUUGGAUGAUUUCAAGAUGAUAUUUUAAUUACAUCUAUGUUUGGUAGCUGCAAUUCAGAUUUAGAUUUUAUUUCCAACAUAACAAAGAAUAAUACAAAUUAUGUUCAUACGUUUAAAACAAACAUUUACAAUACAAAUCAUUGUCAUUUGAAUUAUGAGUCAUAUGAGCAAAGGUAGACAUGAAGUGUCUAUUAUUUAUUUGCUCUGUGGUAAUAUAUACCUUAUCAUGAGGAAUAAAUAUUUUGAUAAUCAUAUUGGUAUGCCAUUAAUCAAUUUAUGAGUCUGCAUGUAUGCAGAAAGAAAUAAUCACCUCUGCAUUUUGUUUUCAGAAAUGAAUCUACACUGAGACAGCACAUACAUUUCCAUAAAAAUUAAAUAGGAUCUGAUAUUUGCAUGUUGCUUGUGGUGAUGGUCAAAAUAGGGGAGGGGAGGAGGGCGGUAGGAGCCCAUUUCCUUCUUUAAUGGCACCCAGCCCUAACAGUCCAUCUAAUGAAAGCAAAAAAUAUAUUGAUAUAAGGAAGUAUCAUUUAGAAAACAAGGACUAAUGGGCUUGAUUAUUCACAAAGCUAAGCUAAUCUUGGCUUUAAUGUAUUCUAACUUUGUUUUAUAAUAGCCACACUUGAUUAAGUAAUGUGUGCAUUGUCUAUCCCUGGAUGCGAUUCUAUUUGUUAAGAGGAAUUCACCCCAGGGAUCCAAAGUUCAUAAAGCGUUGUGUAACUAGACCAAGUCUCUAUCCAAAAUAUUUUAUUUGAAAUCCAUGGCUUGGUAGUGAUGCUUAUUGUAACUGAUCUUGAUUCAGUUUCAUCAAUAAUAACUAUAAUCAUAAAAUUAAACAUAAGUAGAUGAAGAACAGAAAUUUAGCAUGAUAUCGAACAUUUUCUCUCCUGAUUUUCUUGGUAGGAUGGACUUGAUGGUAUGGGUAUUGAACUGAUGAACUCAGUACUAAGCCUUCUUUUUUUAAUCUUCUUUAAUGAAACCAAUUGUCUCACUGUUAUUUGGCUAAAAAUAUUUUUCUACAGAUAAUUUGUUAUUCAGGCUGGUCACAUUUUGAAUAUUCAAAAGUUAUUACAAUAAAUUAAUUCUAUUAUUCUAAUGGCAAUUAUCAACUUUCCCAUUUUAAAUAAUUUGGUCAAACCAGGAAUUUUCAUCGUUCUAAGAAAAAUUUUAGGCCUUUUUUCAAGAUUCAUUUGAAAAUGUCAGAUUUGAUGGUAUUUUGUAUGUUGAUAGUAAUGAAUAUACAUUCUAUGAUUGUGCAAAUAAAGCAAAUAAAAGAGCUUUGAUGUUGCAUGAAAAGUGUCAUCAGUUAAAACUGCAUCCAUUGGUAACUACCAUUUUGAUAGUAAGAUUGCUCAAGAUCUAAUGAAAAUCGAGUACAUGUAUAUCAUCAACGUUACCAUUAAUAGCAAAGUAUAAAUCAAUAGCAAGUUUCAUGCAACAUGAAGAAGGAGUUAAUUUAUCUUUGUUAAUUUUGCCAAUUUAUUGUAAAAUAAAGUAAUUUUUGAAUUAUCAA